CGACAGCGCGCGCGCACACACGCACAGAGAGAGAGAGAGAGAGAGAGAGAGAGAGAGAGAGAGCAGGUAUGGCGACCAGCGGCACGCUCCCUGUCGUGGACCUGGCGCCUUUCUUCACCGGGGAUGAGAGCGGCAUGGCCCGCGCCACUGAAGCCAUGCGCGAGGCGUGCCACACGCUGGGGUUCUUCCGUGCCGUGAACCAUGGCAUGCCCGCGGAGCUGAUGAAGCGCGCGCUGGAGCUGUCGGCCGCUUUUUUUGCGCUGCCGGACGAGGAGAAGGCCAAGGUCCGGCCGGCGGAGGGGUCCCAGGCGCCCCUGCCGGCUGGCCACGGGCGGCAUCCCGCCCAUUUGGUGGACAGGUACGAGUACGUGCGGGUCUGUCAUCCUCGGCACGAGCUCAACUUGUACUUCCCCGAUGAGCCGGCCGGUUUCAGAGAAGCAAUGGAGGAGUGCUACGCGAAGCUCACCGAGCUGGGGCUGCUCAUCCAGGACAUCCUGAACGACUGCAUGGGGCUGCCGCCGGGCUUCCUCAAGGAAUACAACAGCGACCGCGGCCUGGACGUCAUGGUGGCGCUGCGCUACUUCUCUUCAUCGUCGAGGGAGGGGGAGGAGAUUGGGCUGAGCGAGCACGAGGACGGGAGUUGCGUCAGCUUUGUCUUCCAGGACGGCGUGGGCGGGCUGGAGGUCCUCAAAGACGGGCAGUGGAUUGCGGCAGAGCCCGCCGACGGAAGCAUCGUCGUUAAUAUCGGCGACGUCCUGAGGGUGCUGAGCAACAACACGUUCCGUAGCGCGACGCACCGGGUGGUGAGGAAGGCGGCGCACCGGCACUCGUUCGGCUUUUUCUGGUCCAUCCACGGCGACAAGUGGGUGGAGCCGUUGACGGAGUUCACGGCCAAGAUCGGCGACGCGCCGCAGUACAGGGGGUUCAAGUACAACGAGUAUAUGCAGCGGUUCAUGAAGAGCAGGACGGAUCCGCAGGCCAGGCCCGAGGACGCCUUCAGCGUCAGCCACUAUGCCAUCUGACGGGCGUCAGUGUCAAGCAGUUUCUUUGAUCUUAUUUGUAAUUUUAUUUGUUAGUUGUUGUUCCUUUGUGCAAAGUCAAGCGUUUUGCUAUACUUAUGAU